AUGGCUGGCAGUACUUUGAGUAACCAAACCACCUUCCCACAGAUUAUCUUGGCCUUAGUGAUCGGGGCGGUCGUCUGCGAGACCCAGCAGGGCUACGGCAGCGGGGCGCCCUCUGGUGGCAGCUUCUCCCACGGCGGAGGAGGCUUUGGCGGCGGCGGUGGCGGUGGAGGAGGACUGUACGGCAGUGGAGGAACAAGCGGUGGAGGCUUUGGUGGUGGCUUCGGCGGUGACUUUGGAGGAGGCUCCUCUUCUGGUGGAGGAGGAGGAGGCGGCUAUGGUGGUGGCUUUGGAGGAGGCUCCUCUUCUGGAGGAGGAGGAGGUGGAGGCUAUGGCAGUGUUAAUGGAGGAGGCUCUUGUGGCGCUGGCCAAGUGCGUCACGUUGACGGCAGCUGCGUCACGCCCCAGGUCACCCGCAACCUUUAUGUAUACCGCGCCCCUGCCGUGGCGCCCGUCGAGGGGUAUCGUAGCCCAGUGCCCCCGCCCCGCGUGAAUCACAACAUUAUUUUCAUCCACACUCCCGAGGAUCUUGGUGGCCAGGAGCCCGUCGUGGUGCCGCCCCCGCAGCAGAAGAACGUGGUGUACCUGCUGAGCAGGCGGCCUGAGCAAGACCAGCAAGUGAUCCACGUACCGGCACCCGAGCAGCAGGCGCCAGAGAUCUUCUUCGUCAACUACGUCGAUGGAGAGAACCCGUCCCUGCCCACCGGCGGCGACCUGCAGUCUGCCCUCAGCCAGGCCUCGCAGGGCAGCGCUGGAGGUGUCAUCGGCGGCGGAGGUAGUGGUGGCAUCGGUGGCGGUUACGGAGGCGGCAACAGUGGUGGUGGUCAUGGCAACGGUGGCAGUGGCGGCGGUGGCGCGAAUGGUGGCGGUUAUGGAAACGGCGCUAUUACCGGUGGUGGCUUUGGGGGUGGAUUCGGCGGUGGCAGCAAUGGUGGCGGUUAUGGCAGUGGCGUAGGUGGCUCCGGUAAUGGUGGUGACUACGGCAGCGGCGGUAACAGCGGCGGUGGCUUCGGUGGCGGUAGCAGUGAGUACACCGCCCCUGCACCCACAUCUCCUCCACGGGUCUAUUACCAGCCCUGAGGUGCUCCGGCCAGCCUGGGGAGACUCCUCAGGUAGCAGAUUCGCUUCUCUUCCUUCUCAGGUCUUUGAUUUGUUGGUUCUUGUGGCGUGACUCGCGUCGGUUGAGGUUGCCACCCGAUCCGAUGACGUGAAAUAAA